AUGUGGCUUCUGGAGAGGAUUCGGGGCACAGUAGACCACAGCAGUGGCCGACAAACAGGAGAAGCUGGUGACAAACAGUCUAAAGGUGGAUCUUAUAGCAAUGUCCUGACCCCAGACAAAAUUCCAGAUUUUUUCAUCCCUCCAAAAUUGAUGCCAACUGAAGGGGGUGCAGCUGAAGGUGAAGGAGUUGCAUCAAAAACCAAUAUCGGAACCUCUGCUUCUGAGCAAAAUUUGUCGGGCCGAAAGCCACAGCGUAGCCCUCGUUUACCAACCAAAACUACUUCAGAAAGUCGAAACCUUGUGAAGGCUGCAAACCGUCAUAUCAUUCAGAUUGAAAGUGCUGAUGAGUGGGCAUCGGAAGAAGAUCUGGGUACUAAUGCAGAUCCACAAUCUCAAACUGCCAUGUCUCUCCCUUAUGUACCUAAAGCUCAGACAUCUUAUGGGUUUGUGACUCUUAUGGAGAGUCCACAUACACGACGAAAAGAAUCUCUCUUUCAUAGUGAGCAGGGCUCUCUUUCUCCAUGUCCAUCACAAUCCAGUUCUCCCAGUUCUCAGAGACGGAGUGCAACAGAAGGGGGAGGAGGGUCCCAGCUGAAUCCAUCAGACUUUGGAAUGUCCUUGAUGAAUCCCUACCGAUAUUUUAGUGGUGGUGAAAGUGAUACUUGCUCCUCUGCAGAGUCCUCACCUUUUAGCUCACCACUACUUUCCCGUUCUGUCUCCCUACUUAAGAUAUUUACCCCAGACACACAGUCAAAACUUAUGAAGCUCAAGCAUUCUGUUGCUAGAAACAGUUCACUUUCCACAGAUGAAUGCAGUUCAGCAGACACAAGCCCUAGCAUGCCGAGAAGAAGGGUACGAGGAGCCAAGGGUUCUGGUAUUGCUGGUCAACAAGGUACUUUGCCCUUGGACCUUUUACAGAAGGAACACAAUGUUAGCCUUAGUAAAGGAGGCAGUAUGAGACUGUCCGCAGAAUAUGACCCUUCCAAUGCCAGGCUCAGAGUUCGAUUAAUUGCUGCGGAACACCUCUUUGAUAAACUCUGUGAUCUAAAAGGUGUGAACUGCUGUGCGGUCCUCUAUCUUAACCCCGGUAAAGUUCACCGUCAGAGAAGCACCAUUAUAAAAAAUAGCCGAAACCCAGUUUUCAAUGAGGAUUUCUUCUUUGAUGGAUUGGUGGCUGGAAGUGUCAAAAAGAUGUCUCUUAAACUAAAAGUACUGAACAAGGGAAGCAGUCUUAAAAGGGACACAUUGCUUGGAGAAAAAGAGAUCCCACUAACAGCCUUGCUGCCCUUUCUCUGA